AUGAUGAGCGCCAUGGACCGCCUCCACAGCUCCCAGCAUGCACUGCAGCAGAGGGCACAGAGAGACCGCAGCAGGGCCCACCGCUACUGCAGGGAGAGGAGCCAGGCGGAGAGGUCAGAGGAGAAACUCUUCCUCAGGGCUGAAUCUCCUCAUCAUCAAACUCCUGCUCAAGGUCUGUGUGUGUCUCAGAACAGACUGAGACAGAUCCAUGACCCGAUCCACAAUCUCCUGCUGCAGCUUCACAAGAUCCUGUUUGUGUCACAGCUUCCUCCUGCUCUUCAGCUCGACUCCAGGCGCCGCCUAGUGGACAGGUUUAAGAAGUGCCUGUUUAACUCCCACAGUGAUCCUUACAGACUCAAAGAAGAGCUCAGCAAGCUCCUGCAGAUGUCCUCAGACGUGAUAGAGAUGAGCUUUGUCCCGGACUGGGGCUUGGGACAACACGACAGCUCCGGGGAUGAAGUUACCUAUGAACAAAUGCAGGGCUUCAUUGAGGAGCUGCUCGAACAGAACCACUAUUACAAACCUCCCAGAUUCACAGAGGACAGACGUGACUCAGAAAAUCAGUGA